AUGCGUGUUUUGUCAGCCGUGCUUACGUUGCUCAUUUCUGAGCUGACGGCGGCGUCGUCAGACUCUAGUCUGUCAAGCACAUCUACGGCAAUGCUGAACGGAUCCAUUGUCGCCGCUGCCGUACACGGUUUUGCAUCAGUCGCAUCGGACUCAGGAUCUAGUACAAGCUUGACACCAAGAGGCGAUGCAACAACGGUUGUUCAAGGAGCUCCUGCGAUUGUUACAGCCUCUACGAAAAGCUCAUCCGUAAGAGAUGCGCCCAUACAAACGGCCUCACCGGCCUCCACCACUGCUGUAGUAGCAGAUAGCAACACUUCCACUACGGGCGACGAACAUUCCCCGGCGGAUUUAACGGCAGCGUCUGCUGUACAGGUAUUGACCGAAUCAGUCUCGGUUCCAAUAACAAUCACACAGUCGGUGCCCGCAGCCACGGCCACAGGCAGUGCUUCCGUCGUACAGCAAUCUUCCAGUGUGUCUAGUGCUCGCUCCACGCAGACUUCAUCAUCGUCUUCAUUCUCGGGAAGUAGUGGGGAUCUGGAGGGCCUUCUUUCAGAUCUUUUAGGGGGGAGCAGUAGCAGUGGUGACAACAUCAUCACCGACUUGGAAGCUGGUUUGAAGGAUUUCCUGGGCUUAUUCACGCCCAGUUUCAUCAACGAUACAACGUACAUCGUCGGUCAAGCCGCGAAUUUACUUGAUGACAAUGUAGUGAGCAACGCGAAAACGAUGAUGAGCACUAUUGCGGGGCUACAACCGUUGCUGUCAUCAAGUAAUGUUAACGGCGUCAUGUCAUUGCUCAAUGGCAAUAGCUCUAACUCUAUUCUCUCGGACAUUGACAACAUUAUCCAAGACAUAAUCGCGCUAGUGCCGAUUAUUGAAGAAGUUUUGAAAAUACUGACAAGCAAUGAAGUCACGGAACUGCUGCAGUCUCUGCCCUCGCUUCUUGGUGGAAUCAUGCCACUCUUGAAGAACGACACCCUAUCCGCUCUAGAGUCCUUGAUAACAACGAAUGUCACACCGGAGCUUUUAAAUGACUUGUCGGCAAUUCUCACUGGGCUUCGGCCGCUGCUUGCCGAUUUGGUGCCUGUCUUCAGCAACAGCACGAUAACUCCACUUAGCAAUAUCAUCAAGACUAUUUUAUCGGCUGACUUCCUCGACGAUAUACAAACCCUGCUUGCCGAUGUACCACCAAUCCUCAAGAACAUCAUCCCACUUCUUGGUAGCGAUAUUAUCACGCCGCUGAUAGAUCUCAUUAAAGCUAUCAUAACGCCUGAUUUUAUAAGCGAGCUUCAGUCCAUCAUUACUGCUUUGCCUCCCAUAAUCAAGGACAUUAUACCGCUCAUUCAGCCACUGGAGGAGCUAAUUACCGACGUUCUGACAGAGGACUUUAUCAAUGAAAUUAAGUCUAUUCUUCAGACGCUACCCGGGAUUAUCAACGAUCUGUUGCCUUUACUUGAGCCACUUGAGGAAGUACUAAAGAGUCUCCUAACUGCAGACUUCAUCAACGAUAUUCAGACACUGCUCAAAGAUAUUCCACCUAUCUUGAGUGAAAUACUGCCAUUACUCAGUUCCGAUAUAAUUGACCCUCUGGUUAAUCUACUGAGGAGUGUUCUGACGCCGACAUUUGUCAGUGAGAUUGGAUCGCUGAUUAACGCAUUGCCCCCUAUCAUUAACGCCAUCGUCCCGUUGUUGCAGCCUAUAGAGGAUCUAAUCAAGGACAUAUUCACAACAGAACUCAUCAACAAUAUCAAGUCCAUACUUUCAUUAGUACCCGGCCUUCUCAACACGCUGUUACCUCUCGUGCCAUCCAUCGAGACUCUCAUCAAGGAUAUUUUUACUGAUCAAUUUAUUGCUGAUAUCGAAUCGUUGUUAUCGGCAUUACCCGGGCUUCUAGACACGCUGCUGCCGCUUGUUCCGGAAUUCGAGACGCUGAUCAAGGAUAUCAUCACACCAGAAUUAAUUUAUGUCCUGAAAGAAGUCAUCGUCGCUGUUCCAGGUCUCUUGAAUGCCGUCUUACCUCUGUUGCCAACUUUCGAAACCUUGAUUAAAGAUAUAUUUACAGAUGAGUUUGUGAAAGAUAUAACAUCGCUGUUGCAGUCAAUACCUGGGCUGCUCAACACCCUAUUGCCUUUUAUUCCGUCGCUAGAAGAUCUACUGGAAAAAAUUAUAACACCUGACAUUAUCAAUGUUCUUGAAGAGGUCAUCGCUGCAGUCCCUGGACUUCUUAAUGCUCUACUGCCACUUCUGCCCACAGUCGAGAACUUAAUUACGGAUAUUCUUACCCCCGAUUUUAUCAGCGCUAUCCAGUCUGUUCUUACUGCUGUGCCAGGACUUCUCAGCACACUAUUGCCACUUUUGCCAUUUGUGGAAAAUCUCAUCAAGGAUCUUGUGACUCCCGAUCUUGUAAAAGUACUUCAGGAAAUCAUUGAAGCAGUUCCAGGGCUAGUCAACGCUCUGCUACCGCUGCUUCCAUCGAUUGAGAGUCUGGUUACCGGUAUCCUGACACCAGAUCUGGUCAGUGCAGUGGAGUCUGUUCUCAGUGCUGUGCCUGGAUUACUAAACACGCUUUUGCCCCUUCUACCAUAUAUAGAAGAUCUUAUCAAAAAUAUAGUGACCCCUGACAUUAUCAAGGUUCUCGAAGAAAUUAUCGCAGCCGUACCAGGCUUAGUCAACGCACUUUUGCCACUAGUGCCACCAAUUGAGAACCUUAUCACUGGCAUCCUCACUCCCGAACUUAUCAGUGCAAUUGAGUCCGUCUUUGCAGCAAUCCCGGGUCUCAUCAAUGAUGUUCUACCCUUGCUUCAACCCGUUGAGGACCUUGUUGAGAAGCUCUUCAGUCCAGCAAUAGUCAAUGCUCUCGGUGCUGUGAUUGAAGAUAUUCCAGGUGUUAUUAAUGCAUUGCUUCCUCUUGUUCCACCUCUAGAGAAACUUAUCAUCGAAACAUUCACAGCAGACUUUAUCAGCGAGAUUUCACAGGUUUUUGCCGCUGUACCAGGAAUAUUACAUGACCUUUUACCGCUCAUUCCGCCAAUUGAAGAUGUGAUUGCCAAGGUUCUUACACCUGACUUCAUUAGUGCUAUCGGGUCUGUACUCGAAGCUGUACCUAGCAUAAUUGGGGGUCUUCUACCAAUUCUGAGCCCAGCUUUGAUUGAGAGCGUCGAACAGCUUCUCAAGGCGGUGGUUACACCAGCUGUGAUUGACGAUAUCACUUCGCUCAUCACUGCUGCGAUUCCCGUUCUGACUGCAAUCAUUCCCGUUCUGACUGCAAUCAUUCCCGUCCUCGGCAGCGAUACCAUCAAGAAUCUCAUUGCUGGCCUGCCUAGUAUUGUUGCCAGUCUACUGCCAAUUCUCAAUGUUGAUAUCAUCCUAGCUCUUGAAAGAGCGAUUGUUAAAAUAGUCACGCUGUCUUUCAUUGCUGACAUCGGAUCAGUGCUGGCGGCAGUGCCACCUUUGCUUCACAGUGUGGUAACUAUUUUUGGCACGGAGCUUCUAUCACCUAUCGAGGAUGUUCUCUCCACUCUACUAACCCCGGACUUCUUGUCGGAUGUUGGUGGACUGAUCAGUACAGUGCCGCCGCUCUUGAAUGAUACCAUACCCCUGUUUCAUGAUAACAUUAUCUUGCCUGCUGAAAACAUUACUAAAUCACUCUUGACGCCGACACUUAUCCAAGACGUUGGAACAGUUCUUGAUGCCGUGCCUCCCAUCUUUACAAGCGUGAUAGCGGUCAUCGGUAGCAAGGCUAUUUCUUCGAUUCUUGACGCUGUGCCAACUCUCUUGAACAGCGUUAUGCCUCUUUUGAACGGUGAUAUUAUAUCCCAGCUGGUUAAGGAUGUUGUCGGUAUAUUCACGACAGAUUUUGUCAAUGAUAUUGGCACGAUUCUCAAUUCAAUCCCCGGCUUGGUCUCAGCGAUUACCCCGAUAUUUACAGGAAAUACUCUCACAACCCUUUUCCAAAACAUUAUUCCAUUGAUCAAGGCAUUGGCAGCUGUAUGUUCACUUUACUCCAUUCUCACUUAG